AUGGUCUUCAUCGUCAAGAUACCCAACCGCUCGCGUGCAAAUACCCCGGAGGCCUCCAAUACGCCUUCCAACGAGCAUGCGCCCGCACAACCAGCCUCGGUCCCGGACGCACGAGCACCCGUGCCGUCAAGCACGAGCACGAGCGCAAGCAUGCCAGCUGCCAGUUCCGCAGCGGAGCUCGAUGUACUCCUGGCACCGUCCGUGCUCAACCAUCGAUACGUGCGCGGCGUAGAUAAGAGCCUCAUCGUCGAACGUCCAGAACGCAUCCGUGCUGUUCUCCUCGGUAUCGCUGCGGCCAUCGGAAAGUCGUCCUCAGAUCAGCGUCAACAUCCGCCUUUGCCUCAAUCUACCACAACGUACUCGUUUCAGCCAUCGCCGACCUCUGUAUCCAAGUCGGUCUUGCCUCACCAGGACACAAUGGCAACCUCAUCAUCGCUAGCGUCGUCACACGACAGUCCUGCGGUGGGGGUGUAUGCCACACCGUCAUCAGCACUGCCAGCAGCGCCAGCACAGAGCAAUGACGACGACGACGACCUCAUUGCACGACUCAAUUCGCUGUCCGUGCAAGCCGACCUUACUCCACAACCUCCGGUACAGAUACGCCAAAAGUUCCGUGUCCUGCAUUCCACUAGAUCUCUGUCGCUCGAUCCACCCCAUCCCGCUGUAGCUUUCACUCAUGCGCAUGCAGACGAGAAGGUUACUCUGCUCGAAAGCGCUUAUGAAGUCGCGAAAAAGAGGCGCCGUGAAGCCCAGCCAAACGCCGCCACGCAGCAAUUCUCAACGUCGUCAGGUUCAUCGAAUCAGCUCCCGCACGUUGGAGAUGCCCUCAGAGCAGAUCGAGAAGGCACACCUACUCCUGCGUCUUUAAUGUCUGCAUCUGUGCCAACGCAACAAUUCCCGGAGGGGCCGACUAUCUCCACAGCCUCAACAUCUCACGCUGCCUACCUCGAAUACCUUUGCAGUCGAGCUCCCAACCAUGCACCGUUCUCACACCACAAACACCACCAAUCGUUUCCUUCCAAUCCCCUGCCCGAAGACAGCGAGGCCUACACUUCGAGCGACGGCGAAGGCGAUGACGCGAUGCAUCUCUCGGAAAUUCCUGAGCACCUGCCUCAAGGCGAUCUGUAUCUGGCAGGUCCUUCCGACUCAGCAAAUAUGGACGGUGGAUCCGCAGAGGCGAUUCGUCAUGCCAUGGGUGCUUGCUGCGAAGCCGUCGACCGUGUCACACUCGCAGCAGCAUCCUCAGACGCACCGACAUCCUUGCCGCUGCGCGAGAUCCAAUACGACACCUUCAGCCAAGACAGUUUGCAGAGCGACGGAAAUGCAUCUCCCGCCAAGCGUGCCUUCGUGCUCAGUCGACCACCGGGUCACCACUGCUCUGGUUCCACUCCACAAGGCUUCUGCUGGGUCAACAAUGCCAUCGUUGCCGCCGCCCACGGCUACCUCCAACACGCCAUCGACCGCGUCGUCAUCUUUGACAUUGACCUCCACCACGGCAAUGGCACCCAGAAUUUGGCAUGGCGUAUCAACGCCGAUGCCAACAAGCACGACGAUCUACGCUCCGAACGCAUCGCCAGCUUGCGUGCGGCUGCUCUGGACAAAGCACGCCAAGCAUUGGGAAGUGGCCACGGUCGGGCGCACGCCAGCAGGGUCGCCAAGGUCGCCUUGACCGAGCAGGACGAAGCCGAGGUCAAGCGUCAAGCGGGUCCACGCGCGCUGCGCUUGUUUUACAGCUCCUUGCACGAUAUUGAGUCGUUUCCGUGCGAGGAUGGCGAUGCGAAUAUGAUCAAGGAUGCAAGUACCUGUGUCGAGGGCGCACACGGACAGUGGAUUUGGAACAUUCACCUGGAUCACUAUCGAUCGGAAUCUGACUUCAAACGGCUCUACGACGAAAAGUACAAGAUUCUCUUCGCCAAAGCCGCACGUUUCCUCACUGCCACCUCGGCUACACCGCAGAGCACGCUUGUGCUCAUCUCGGCCGGCUUCGACGCGUGUGCAUACGAAUACCCAGGCAUGCAACGGCAUGGUAAACACGUCCCUCCUUCGUUCUACCACACAUUUGCUCGCGAUGCAGUCCAAUUUGCAGACUCGCAUGCAAAGGGUAAGCUGGUCUCGGUCCUGGAAGGCGGGUACAGCGACCGAGCCUUGUGUUCCGCUGCGUUGGCGCAUGUGACCGGGUUGGCUUUUGGUGCGGAGGGAGGGGAGGCAGAAGCAGAGUACUGGAAGCUGGAGAACCUGAUCGCGGUGGAGAAAGUGGCGAAGAAGAUGGCUGCGCACGCAGCGGCCGCUACCGUCGCAGAGGCAAGUGCAAGUGGGGCCAACAUCACGCCCAAACGACGACAGGCGGAACUGGCACCUUGGCUGUCGCAAACGUCAAAAGCAUUUGCUGCGUUCGAACAGGCGUGCGGCAAGCAGCACGUCGUGGCACUCGGUGCGAGUGCAACACCGUUGCGCGGUGCAGCUUCGGCUGCGGCAGCGAGGUCGAGCAGUGCCAUUUCGAGUCCGUCCACAGCUGCGGGAGGCAGAGUGCUUCGCGAUCGAGGUGCUCUCAAAUCCAGACCGGGAGCAUUUGACAGUGCAGCAUCGACACCGCAGCCACGACGCGCGGCGAGCCCGAUCAAGGCUACACCGACCAGAGCCUCCGCAGCAGCUUCGGCGAUUGGGCUGGGGAAGAAAGAAAGCCCGAACAAGAAGGCAUCCCCGUCAAAGGGCAAGGGUAACAGCGACGGCGGUCCUUUUGAGGUUGCUUUGUCGAUGCCGGUGAAGCAUGGAGAGGACGAGGACGGUAUGGCGAUGGAUACCGAUCCGCCCACGAGAGGUGUUGCGCUGGGCGGUGGCGCGGGAGCAGGAGUGAUGCGAAUUUCUUCAACAGUGCAUGCUGAAAAGGCGCAAGAUGGGGGAGAUAGUACGAGGGACGACGCCAAGUUGGACCUACAGCUACCAUGGUCGCAAGAACAACCGACGAAGCAACAGCAAACGCAGCAUCCAUCUCAGGUGGAAAUCAAACGUCAAGCCAACCUUCGAUUUGAUGGAAAUUCAACCCAGCCUGGAUCUGCGUUACCUCCAUCGACGACUUUCGCCUCGAUCGACAACACCACCUCAUCCCAUCCGUCCAUCACAGCCCCCCCGACUCCCUCGCCUGCACCAGCGCAGCAAUUGCCUCUCCCCACCACCACUACCACCUUGCCCAGCAGCACCGCAUCCUUCCUCGACCCCACCUCCUCCACAGCAGCCUCGCCGAAAUUAACGUGUCAACCCGUAACACUGGUCGACGCGAUGUCGGCGCCGCACGAGCAGAUCGUCGAUGCAAAUGUGAGCAACAUUCUGCGCGGAGGCGGGCACGAUCUGCUUGGGUUGGACUACCUGCGCUCGCGGGCAUUCCAGUUUGCAAACGGCGAAGAGGAGGAGGAGGACGCGCCCGGAUCGCCCGAUCUGGGACUAGGCGAAGAAGGGGGCUACUUCCCGAAGAUUCCGAAGGAUGCAAAGGGGGAGCAAGGCGAGAGGGAGGUACCCGGUGGACUGGGGGCGGCAUUGGCAGGGCUGAAUUUGAAGGAAGCUACGCUGGCCAGGGGGAGGAGUGGGAGCUUGUUUGGCGGUCGCGAGCAGCAGCAGGUGAAGGUGGAACAACAGGGCGAGGGAGCGUCGUCGUUAUACCCGCACUUGCCGUCGACUUUUGGAUCGCAAACCGAUGUCCAGCAGCAGCAGCGGCAGCAGCAGCAGCAGCAUCAGCAGUAG